AUGGAUGCCAAAGAAGUAAAGUCCACCAUAUCGAAUCUUGAAAAAUCUGCUGAGGAUACUACAAUUUUGAAAUUACUCAAUAUUUUAAACGAUGAAGUGGUUCCCACGGAAAAGUUGUUGAGGGAAACAAAGGUUGGUGUGGUGGUGAACAAAUAUAGAGGUCAUGACAACAAAGAGAUAUCUUCAUUAGUGAAAAAAAUGAUUAGGGGAUGGAGGGAGGCGGUUCAGAAUGAAAAGAACAGCAAAAAGAAACCUGCAGCUAGCUCGACAGCAUCAACUCCAGCUUCUUCAGGAUCACCUGCAUCAACGACUCCAAAUGCGGAUACAUCGGGCACCGGUUCAGUCAACGGGAGGACAUUUAAUGGUCCACGAAGUGCAAAAUCUGAUGGAGUCAACACUACAUUGUAUGACAACCCCACUCGUAAUGCAUCGGUUGGUGCGUUGUACUCAUCCUUGGCUGUCGAGAGAAACGAUUCGCCUCAACAUAUUAUCACGAUUGCCUCAGAGAUAGAAAGUGAGGUGUUCAAAAGUGAGUAUCUGAAAGUCAAUGACUCUUAUAGAAACAAGUUGAGAAGUUUCACAAUGAAUCUUCGAAAUAAAAAGAAUCCUGAGUUGAGAGAACGGGUUUUAUCCAAACAAAUCACAGCGUCUCAAUUCAUUAAAAUGACACCCAACGAAAUGGCCCCUGAAGCAUUGAAGAAAGAGAUUGAAAAAUUACAUAAACAAAAUCUUUUUGAUGCGCAAGGUGCUACUGAAAAGAGAGCGGUUACUGAUAGAUUCACAUGUGGUAAAUGUAAGCACAAGAAGGUGAGUUACUAUCAAAUGCAAACCAGGUCUGCAGAUGAGCCUUUGACAACAUUUUGCACAUGUGAAAACUGUGGUAAUAGAUGGAAGUUUUCGUGA